AGUCGUUAGAACCAAAUACAUGCAUGCUGUACUGGUAUCUAUACGUGCUGAACUUGGACCUGAGUUCGGAAACGAAAAGGAAACCCACCGUACGUAGGACUAUGCUGCAAGGCAAAUCGUGGCGUCUUUGGCCAUGGCCACGACGCAGGUCUACAGAAUGAUUCAUUCCACUGAAAACGCGAGGAUCUUUAGUUUUAAGUACACGACGAGAGCAUAGCUACGGUAAGGAGGAACGUGUGUCUACGAACGAAAAUAUCUUGCAUCAAUGUGGUUCCAGUUCCGGUACAUGGACAUGUAGAAGUCAUCUUUUGCCCCCGUCACACAAAAAAAGAAUCAAGCUUUCAGCUGUUCCUUCGGGCGGGGUAAGGAGAGCAAAAGAGUGCCAGGAAAGACAUUUCCUACCAUAUAUAUGAUUGCAGAGAUCAACCUGAAUUACAAUUGAAUGUCGUAGCUGCGUUGGCCACAGAAAGAGGUUGGAUCUCAAGCUCAAGAGAGGCGAAGCUCAACGGGCAGUCGUGUGGUGAAUGAAAAUUGACGAGUGAUGAGUCACAGUUCGCGAAAGAUCCGUCGUCGCGACAACUGCUCAUUUUCUUUCCACCAGCAAAACAGCCAAUGGAGAGAGAAGGUUGUCGCUGUUAACCUGUCUGCUGCUGGUGACUACACAACGACAACAGCCGCCGACCUUUUGAUACGACAGCCUCGCAACCGCAACACAACAGAGAGAGCAACUCGACAAUGAACGAGGAAAGCCUUGACGACAAGCCCUCGGCGGCGCAGCAAAGCCAUGUCUUCCGACCAGCAACUCUACCACAGACAGCGGAUGGUAAUGACAAUGGCAAGGACGACUACAUGGCUCUGGCAUUGAGACAGUUGGUGACUGCAGCAGAGGCCGACGGCUACAGAGUGCGCUAUGCCGUGGAAGUGAUUGACACAGACGGCAAACGCAAGGUCUAUUCGAGCGACACGAAAGGUCGAGUGAGAGUCAACGGAACAGCGCGUGCUGUCCCAAAUAUGGCCCUUUCUCUUGUUGAUUUUGACCAGAGUUCACAGACAAUGGAGCAGUGUACACUCAAAAACAAAAACAAUCCAUCUUCCAAUCAACAUCCCACGGCAACCAGCAAGCAACACGGACGGCGACUCCCAUACAAAAAGCGACUGUUGAUGGAAUUGGCGUCGUCGUCGUCGCCAUUCGUUCCCGACAAACAGCAGCAACGGCAGCCUCACGACAUUCUGCACAGCAAUCGACAACCAGCAAGAAACACGGCACCCCGACGAGUCUCCAUAGAAACGACAACGAGCUCGUCGUCAACCAUUGGAUUCGCUCCUUCUUGUCGCAGCCAUGACCGUACGACAGUUUCAAUGGAUGCUGCUGCUCUUGGAUUCAACAGCUGUAGGGAUACUUUCGACACUACAAUUUCCUCAUCCGAAACGCCACUUGUCUCUAGGAAGGAAGACAGGGCCGUUGCCGACGCCAAUGAGCAAACGCGCAACAACAACAUGUGUUCACACAAAGGUUCUCCCACAGAACGCCCUGUUCACGCAAUACCAAUCACGGAGGUCUCGUUUCAGCACUCGUCUCGUCGGGCAUCCGUGGAUACUGUGCUGUCGUCGUCCUCGGCAGCUCCUUCUGAAAAAGUGAUUGCCACAAACAUGCCUUGGUCCAAGCGAGGAGGGUCACAAACACAUCCUUCAACCCAAAACAAGAAGCGGCGAGUGUCCAUCCCCGCUGCGCAGCAACCACUCAAUACAACUCCAGCUGUGAGCAGCAGUAGCACCACCAAGAAGCUCAAUUGGGAACCGCCACCAAAUAGCGAAGGAUCCGUCGAAUCCAGAGUCAGUUCACUGUCGUCGGCCGCAACUGGAUCGUUUGAUUCAGAGUUGGAACCAGGAGAGAUCGUUCCAACGAGCGUUGGCGCUACGAAUGAACUGCUCUCGAUUCCACGACGACGGGCCUACUGUUCUUUGGUGGACAGGCCAGGAAUAGCUGAUUUCACCGGGCGGCGACCUACGGACAUGGGUGAACUGUUGGAGCAUCGAAACGCGAUGCAUCGUUGUAUGCGACGAUAUCUGCUUCCAUCAGAGUUCGGAGUUGAUCUCUUUGAGAGUGCAAUGAUUCGAAUGGGAAACGGCCGUGGACUGUCAAACUAUCCCAUCGAAUUCGCACGCUGCUCGGUUCGACUCUGCGGGGCCGCAUUGAACGGAUCGACACACGCUGACGACGACAACGCGCUCUUUUUAGAGCUGACGACAAACAGCAAAAACGCAUCCGAAACCAUUCGAAGGUGCUGCCGCGAAAUCGACAAAGUGCUCUUUACCGAGAGCAAGGGUCACAGAGACUACCUCAUGUACCGACUGGCAGCGUUGAAUCGGAAACCCGGUACAGUGUACGAGGACGGCAGUGUCAUUUCAAUUGGGCAAAAGCGUCUAGAUUUCUCGAGCGACCUCUGGUACAUGACUUGUGUCGACUUAUUGUGUGACCGCAAGGCACCGAUGGUGGAUGAUAUCAUUGAAAUCCAAAAGAAACAUCCGUCAUGCAAAGUUCAUCUGCGCAACACUCACUGCAAGGCGUACCCUCGAAUCCAGCCUCAUGUGAUCGUUGCCAGUCCCAUCCAGCACAUCAUGCAAAAAGUGCAGCAAUGCCGCAAGGAUGUCGUAGACUUGAUUGCCUCAAGCUAAGACACCGACUUCGUGUUCAGAGGCCGAACCAUACCGGAUAGCAGUACGCG